GAAUGGUCGUGGAGAAGCUCUGUGACCAAGAUGAACGAAGGUCUUACAGGUUUCAACGACAUGAAGGUCAUUAAUGGCAUCAUUUUUAAUUUUUAAGACAUGUGGAGUGGGUGGAUUAUUGUAGGGUGGUUGUGUUCACACAUUGCCAACGCAGAUUUAUGUCUAAACACCAUGAAAAAAGUGAAUUUUGCAUAAUAGGUGCACUUUAAAUAAAAGAAGAAAAAUCGUUAACAGAUGAUGCUUGUCUGUUUAUCAAGUAGUACAAAUGUGUAUGUUAAUAUGCAAUAAAACUGUGUGUGUGUGUGUGUGUGUGUGUGUGUGUGUGUGUGUGUGUGUGUGUGUGUGUGUGUGUUUAUAUAUAUGCUUUACAUAUUUGUUUGUAUUUUCAGCAGUAUCAGCAGGAAGAAGAGAUCAGAAUCUGCAGGAGCCAGCUCUGUGUCUAAUAAUAGUAUAAACUCUAUAGAUAGACCUCUUUCAUUCAGUGAAACAGUGCCCUCUCCCACACAUAAAGAGAUAGAUAAUCCAACUGUAAUCCACGAUAAAACCCACAUCAGGCAGAUAAGACCUGAAGAAGUCCUGCAGAGAGUCAAAGACCAACACAAAACCAGCAUGAAGAACAAGUAUGAACACUUAUUUGAGGGAAACAAACUACAAGGAAAUGAAACCCUCUUGAACCGGAUCUUCACAGACCUCUACAUCAUAGAAGGAGAGAGAGAAGGGAUGAAUGAAGAACAUGAGGUUUUACAGAUGGAGAAAACACCCAGAAAACAACACUCACAACACAAUCCAAUCAACUGUAAUGACAUCUUUAAAUCAUUACCUGAAUCAAGAUGUGAAGAGAAAGACAAAAUCAAGACUGUUCUUACUAAAGGAAUUGCAGGAAUUGGAAAAACCGUCUCUGUGCAGAAGUUCAUUCUAGACUGGGCCGAGGGAAAAGCCAAUCAGGAUGUAGAUUUCAUGUUUGUGUUUUCAUUUCGAGAGCUGAACUUGAUUAAAGAUCGUCAGUACAGUCUUCACGGACUUCUGCUGGACUUUCAUCCUGAGCUUCAAGAUCUGAGCUCAAAGAUUUAUGAAGAAUUUAAAGUGGUGUUCAUCCUAGAUGGUCUGGAUGAAAGCAGAAUGACACUGAUGUUUUCAGAUGAUGAGAAGGUUUGUGAUGUGAAUGAAUUUUCCUCAGUGGGUGUGUUGAUGUCAAACCUCAUAAAAGGAGAUCUGCUUCCCUGUGCUCUCAUCUGGAUCACCUCCAGACCGGCAGCAGCCAGUCAGAUCCCAUUCAAAAAUAUUAAUCGUGUAACAGAGAUUCAGGGUUUUAAUGACCCUCAAAAAGAGGAAUAUUUCAGGAAAAGAAUCAGUGACCAGCAUCAAGCCAGCAGAAUCAUCUCACACAUCAAAAGAGCAAGAAGGCUCCACAUCAUGUGCCACAUCCCUGUCUUUUGCUGGAUCUCAUCAACUGUGCUUCAAAACCUACUGACAGAUGAUCUUAAUGCAGAAAUCCUUCAAACUGUGACUGAAAUAUACAUUUACUUUUUGCUGACUCAGAUUAUGAGAACUUAUGAAGAAAUAGAUCCAGAGAAACGUCUACAGUCCAUCAGAGACGUAAUUGUGAAACUUGCUGAAGUGGCAUUUAAUGAGCUGAUGAAGGACAAUGUGAUGAUCUAUGAGGAGGACCUGAUUGAAAGUGGCGUAAAUGUCACUGAUGCCUCACUGUUUUCUGAAAUUUGCACUGAGAUCUUUAAGGAAGAAUUUGUGAUUCAUCAGAGGAAAGUCUACUGCUUCAUUCAUCUGAGCAUGCAAGAGUUUCUUGCUGCUUUCUAUGUUUUUUACUGCUAUUUAAGAAGCACAUCAAAUGCUCUUAAAGCUUUUAAUUCUAUGCUGAAUUUGCAUAAAGGUGCAGUAGAUAAAGCCUUAGAAAGUAAAAAUGGACACCUGGAUCUGUUCCUGCGGUUCCUGCUGGGCAUCUCACUGGAGUCCAAUCAGAGACUCUUAAAGGAUCUACUGACACAAACAGAGAACAGUUCAGAGACCAUGAGAAGAACAGCCCAGUACAUUAAAGAGAAAGUCAAAGAUGGACAUGAACUCCCCACUGAACGAUCCAUCAAUCUUUUCCUCUGUCUGCUGGAAGUCAAGGAUCAGACUCUGUCCAAAGAGAUUCGGGAGUUUGUGAAAUCAGAAAAACACUCAGAGAAGAAACUCUGCCCUGCUCACUGCUCAACAAUUGCCUACAUGCUUCAGAUGUCAGAUGAGGUGCUGGAUGAGCUGGACCUGCAGAAAUACAACACAUCAGAUGAAGGUAGAAAAAGACUCAUACCAGCUGUGACCAACUGCAGAAAAGCUCUUCUUGCUGGCUGUAAUCUUACUGCUCAGCAAUGUGACAUUGUGUCAUUAGCUGUACAGUCCUCAGAAUCUGCCCUCAGAGAGCUGGACCUGAGUAACAAUGACCUGCAGGAUUCAGGAGUAAGGCUUCUCUCCGAUGGACUGAAGAGCCAAAACUGUCAGCUGGAGAUACUGAGUUUGUCAGGUUGUAUGGUGACAGAAGAAGGCUGUCGUUAUCUGUCUUCAGCUCUGAGUUCAAACCCCUCACACCUGAGAGAGCUGGACCUGAGCUACAAUCACCCAGGAGAAUCAGGAGUCAAGCUGCUCUCUGACAAACUGAAGGAUCCAAACUACUCACUGGAGAUUCUCAAUUUGGACUAUGGAGAAGCUUUCAGGAUCCAACCAGGACUACAAAAAUAUUUCUGUGAUCUCACACUGGAUCCAAACACAGCGAACACUCAGCUCAUUUUGUCUGAGCACGGAGAGGUGAAAUAUGUGGAAGAGCACCAGCCAUAUCCUGAUCAUCCAGAGAGAUUUAAAGAUAUUCCUCAGGUUCUCUGUCGAGAGAGUCUGACUGGACGCCAUUACUGGGAGGUUGAGCGGACUGGCUGGGCUCGUGUAGCAGUGGCCUAUAAAACAAUCAGCAGGAAAGAAGGGAUGAUCUAUAAGUUUGGAUACAAUAACAAGUCCUGGUGUCUCUUCUGCACUGUUGAUGGAUUUGUUGUCUGGCACAACAAUGAGAGCCACAACAUUUCUGUCCGUUCACCCUCCUCUAACAGAGUAGGAGUGUAUCUGGACUGGCCGGCCGGCACUCUGUCCUUCUACAGCAUCUCUGACACACACACACUCACACACUUACACACAUUCAACACUACAUUCACUGAACCCCUCUAUGCUGGGUUUAAGGUUUUUGAUUCCUCGCUGUCACUCUGUAAGAUCACACAACAGACAAACAACUGACUUCUGAUUCCAUCCUAAUCAUGGUCCUAUGUCUGUUUAUGAAAAGAUUUGAUGUAUGAAGUAUAUAAUGUAUGAAUUUUAUAAUAACUACACACUAUGAAUCAUUAGUUAAGCAUUAGUUUAUACUCAAUUCAUCCUUUAUUAACCAUUGUACCAAAAUUAUUAUACUUUAUUAAGCAGCUUACAAGUGCAUCUAUAAAUGCCUUGUUCUUGAGCAUAUAUAUAAUGUUUAAUAGUUGUAUUUUCAUGCUUUAUUAAUGAUCAGUUUAUUGUUUCUAAAUUAUUACAUUAUGUAAAAACACUUAUUUAGGAGUUUUCAGUGUUUAAGAUCAUUUAGAAAGUAAAUGAUUAACAAAUUAUUUCAAUGCACAUUAUAAUAUCGUAUUAUUUA